CAAGAGCAAUAGCAAAACCAUAAAAGGAAGAGUGAACAACUCUGAAGGGCUGUUAGAGCAAAGAGAGCAAAACCCAAGAGUCACCAUGAACAAAGGAGGCUUGGGGUCUAAGCUCAAGCUUACUCUUCCUCCUCCUGAUGAUAUCAAGAAGUUCCUGACUCAAAGUGGUACCUUUAUGGAUGGGGAUCUGCUGGUCAAUAGGGAAGGAGUUCGGAUCGUCUCUAAUAGAGAAGUUGAAGUUCCAGCCCCUAUUCAAGCAGCAGACAAUCAGAUGAUUUUAGCAGACCUCUACGUGGUUAAAGUCAUUGGUAAAGGGAAUGGUGGGGUUGUGCAAUUGGUUCAGCACAAAUGGACUGGCCAGUUUUUUGCAUUGAAGAUUCUUAUAGAUUUUCAACCUUACAUUAUAAGUUGCAAUUUAAAGGUAAUCCAAAUGAAUAUUCAGGAGUCUAUCCGCAAGCAGAUUGCACAAGAAUUGAAAAUUAAUCAAUCAUCACAAUGUCCAUUUAUUGUUGUUUGUUACCGGUCCUUCUAUGAUAAUGGUUGCAUUUCAAUUAUCCUAGAGUACAUGGAUGGUGGGUCUUUAGCAGAUCUUCUGAGAAAAGUCAGAUCAAUUCCAGAGCCAUAUAUUUCUGCCAUGUGUAAGCAGGUGCUGCGUGGUUUGUUGUAUCUUCAUCAUGAAAAACACAUUAUUCACAGGGACUUCAAACCCUCAAACUUGUUAAUAAAUCACAGAGGAGAAAUUAAGAUAACUGACUUUGGCGUGAGUGCAAUAAAGGCAAACACCUCUGAACAGGCAAAUACUUUUGUUGGCACCUACAACUAUAUGUCGCCAGAGAGAAUACAAGGUCACAGCUAUAGCUACAAAAGUGACAUUUGGAGCUUGGGCUUAGUACUGCUGGAGUGUGCGACAGGUAAAUUCCCAUAUACACCACCAGAUCAAAGUGAAGGAUGGGAAAACUUUUUUGAGCUUAUGAGUGCUGUUGUUGACUUGCCGCCGCCUUGUGCACCUUCCGAUCAGUUUUCUCCAGAGUUCUGCUCAUUUAUUUCUGCAUGUGUUCAGAAAGAUCCUAAGAAAAGACUGUCAGCACAUGAUCUCCUAGCGCAUCCUUUCAUCAGCAUGUAUGAUGACUUGAAUAUUGACCUGUCCUCUUACUUCACUGAAGCAGGAUCUCCACUUGCAAACCUUCUAAAUCUAUCUGAAUGACCAGAUCAUGAGAUGAGUCAUCGCUCUCAGUGCUGCUUAUUCCAGGAUGGGGACUGCCUAGGUAUUGCGGACGAGAAGGUAAUACCGGAAAAUCAAAAGCUCUGCUGAAGGCUGUUGGUCACUUUUUUUCAGUAUUAGUUCCCUUGGUAGUGAGAGGGCUAUUCUGUAAUGGACAAAAUAUUGUUAAUGCUUGGAAUGUUGGAAUUUUUGACUACUUAGCUAACUAGUUACAUUUGAAGCAUGAUUAGAAAAAGCACACACAAAAAGAAAAAACCAUGGGUCUGAAAAAGUGAAAUUUCCCUAGAACUACUCUCAGUAAUCUGCUAUAGCAAAGCAUUUUGGCUCAGACCGGACGAAAUAUGAAGCCACGAUCAAUAUCAAUACGUAUUUUUUAUUUU